AUGGAGGAGCAAAAUUCGAUGCGAGUUGUCACACAACUCAGUAGACGACUCAACACGGAGUCGGCUAGCGCGGCUACGGAGACGCUCACGUCCUUGUUGAUACUCCCAACAGUUUCGGAGACUUCGGCCGAUUUAAUUAUAAACUUUCUGUUCUGCUCGGUUUUCACAAGUGAAAUCCGAAGUCGCGUUAAAACUGGUAGCUCCUCAGAUCGAUUAGUCGGAGACCAUUACUGA